AUGAGACUCUGUCUCUCUGGGUUGCUCUUCCUCCUGGUGAUCCUAUUGCCUCCAGGGAAUUGCUUGUUUGGAAAUGAUGGAGUAGAAGUUCAGGCUUGCAAUGACAUUGGUGGCAGAUGUUUUCUUGGCUGUAAAAUUGGAUGGAAAUGGGUUUCCUUCUGCUACAGCGUACUUUCUUGUUGCACAGAAAUAAAGAAAAACCAGCCCCCCCAGGUCAGAGAGUACUGA